UUCCUUCAGGACACUUUUGAAUGUAGCACCGCGGCGUACAAAGCAUGCAAAAGUGUCAAAGCCGAACCCUGGGUUUGAUUAUUGUUUAUUAAGACGAACUCUUACAAUAUUAAUAAUAAUGGAUGAUCAAGGAUGCCCGAGAUGCAAGACGACCAAAUACAGGAAUCCAUCUCUGAAGCUAAUGGUUAAUGUGUGUGGACACACGCUGUGUGAGAGCUGUGUGGACAUGCUGUUUGUUCGUGGCUCAGGUAACUGUGUGCAGUGUAACACCCCUCUCAGAAAGAGUAAUUUCCGUGUGCAGCUUUUUGAAGAUCCAGCCAUCGAUAAAGAGGUGGAGAUCCGCAAGAAGGUUCUUAAAAUUUAUAAUAAGAGGGAAUUCGAUUUUCCAGCUCUGAAAGAAUAUAAUGACUACCUAGAGCAAGUGGAAGACAUUGUGUACAACAUGACUAAUAACGUAGAUGUUGAAAAGACAAAGCAGAUGAUGGAGCAGUACCAGCGAGUGAACCGGGAUGUUAUACAGAGAAACAAAGUCAAACUGACGCGUGAGCAGGAGGAGUUGGAGGAGUUGUUGUUGCUGGAGCAGCAGAAUAUAGAGCAGAGGAGACUGGAGACCCUUCAGGAGGAACAGAGACAACUACAGGCCAAGAGGAAAAACAAACAGGCCCUGCUGGAUGAACUGGAGAGCUCUCAGUUACCUGCGGCCUUGCUCUUGGCUCAACAUAAAGAUCGAGCCUCUCAACUGGAGACUCAGAUAGAAAAACAGAAGCAGAAUGUCAAACCGACAAACAUCUUCUCUACUGGAAUACUGAUGGGUCAGACGGUGUCUUUGGCUCCUGUGACUCAUGUGGAAGAGGUGUUGUACGUCUAUCAGCCUAUUCACAUCGAUACAUACGGCCCCCCCAUUCCAGAACUGGAACAGCUGGGCCGACUGGGGUAUUUGAAUCAUGUGCGCACAGCUUCUCUACAGGAUCAGGCUGGUGGUUAUACAUCAGGAUUGGCCUGCCAUCGUGCUGUCCAGGAUGCAUUCAGUGGCCUGUUUUUAUGA